AUGCCUUUUCCAGUUACAACGCAGGGAUCACAACAAAUGCAGCUCAAACAGAGGCACUAUGGCAUUACCUCUCCUAUCAGCUUAGCGGCCCCCAAGGAGACUGACUGUCUACUCACACAGAAACUCAUUGAGACUCUGAAACCCUUUGGGGUUUUUGAAGAAGAAGUGGAAUUGCAGCACAGGAGUUUAAUUUUGGGAAAAUUAAAUAACCUGGUGAAAGAAUGGAUACGAGAAAUCACUGAAAGCAAGAAUCUUCCACAAUCUGUAAUUGAAAAUAUUGGAGGAAAAAUUUUUACAUUUGGAUCUUACAGACUAGGAGUACAUACGAAAGGUGCCGAUAUUGAUGCAUUGUGUGUUGUACCAAGACAUGUUGAUCGGAGUGACUUUUUCACCUCAUUCUAUGAUAAAUUGAAAUUACAAGAAGAAGUAAAAGACUUAAGAGCUGUUGAAAAGGCAUUACCAGUUAUCAAACUCUAUUUUGAUGGAAUAGAGAUUGAUAUUUUGUUUGCAAGAUUAUCACUGCAGGCUAUUUCAGAAGAUUUAGACCUACGAGAUGACAGUCUGCUUAAAAACCUACAUACAAGAUGCAUAAGAAGCUUUAAUGGUUGCAGGGUAACCGAUGAGAUUUUACAUCUAGUACCAAACAUUGACAACUUCAAGUUAACUCUGAGAGCCAUCAAACUGUGGGCCAAAUGGCACAACAUCUAUUCCAAUUUAUUACGUUUCCUUGGAGGUGUUUUCUGGGCUAUGCUUGUGGCAAGAACUUGCCAGCUUUAUCCAAAUGCAAUGGCAUCAACUUUUGUACAUAGAUUUUUCUUGAUAUUUUUUAAAUGGGAAUGGCCAAAUCUAGUGCUAUUGAAACAGCCUGAAGAAUGCAAUCUUAAUUUGCCUGUGUGGGACCCAAGGGUAAACCCCAGUGAUAGGUACCAUCUUAUGCCUAUAAUUACACCAGCAUACCCACAGCAGAACUCCACGGACAAUGUGUCCGUUUCAACAUGGAUUGUCAUGGUUGAGGAGUUUAAACAAGGUCUUGCUAUCACAGAUGAAAUUUUGCUGAGUAAGGCAGAGUGGUCCAAACUUUUUGAAGCUCCAAACAUCUUUCAGAAUUACAAGUAUGUAUUUUAAUUCAUG